AUUGAUUUUUGGUCUAUUCUGCAGCAAGAAUGGAGGUAGCUGUUCCUAGACAACAACAGUCAAAUCAACAGACUGAGGAUAAUCUACAGUACUCAAGAUACUCAAGAACUUUCCGGAAUUCAAAGAGAAAGGCCGAGGAGAAUAUUGUUAACGGGAGUGAUGAGGAGCCAGAGCCAGAAGAGGGAGUAAAAACUAUGGGAACUCUGGAGAGGAGUUCUUUGGUAGGAAUGGAGGUUCCAUUUGUGAAACAAGAACAAUCAAAUAAGCUUAUUGGCAAAAGUGCACACAAAACCUCAAAAUAUUCUAGAACUUCUGGUGUUUUGAAGAAAAGAAAGGUUCAAGAAAAUCACAAGCAUGAUUUUACGGAACCAAAGUCAGAAGGGAAAAAAGACCUUCUGUUCAGUUCAAACAGGACUACCAGGAAGGUAGAUGAACCAAAGAAAUUCAACACCUCAAAUAAGAAUGACCAAUAUGAAGAUGGUCUCUUGAUUGACGAUUUGGAUGAUGAUGAUGAAAUGCUUUUCCUUCUAAAGACAAAGUACACAAGAAGGGCUAGAAGAAUGGAUGAUAAUACUACGGUUGUUGAACAGAAUCCCCGGAAAUGUCAUCAAUGCUUGAAGAAGGAGAGAACAACAUUUGUGCCUUGUUCUAAAUGUAGGAAAAUGUACUGUCUGCGGUGCAUCAACCAGUGGUACCCUGAUAUGUCAGUAGAAGAAAUUGCUGAAAGUUGCCCAUGUUGCCGCAAUAAUUGCAAUUGCAAUGUUUGUUUGUGUUCAAGAGGAACAAUUAAGACAUCUACCAAGGACAUAACUGACACCGAAAGGGUUCAGCAUCUACAUUAUACGAUUAGCUUACUUGUUCCUUUUCUGAAACAAAUUCGUCAUGAACAGAGUCAAGAGGAAGAGAUUGAAGCUAAAAUACAAGGGUGUGAUAUUGAGAUACCGCAGAGUCUUUGUGGCGACAAUGAACGUGUCUAUUGUGAUCAUUGUGCCACUUCAAUUGUUGACCUUCAUCGAAACUGCCCCAAUUGUUCCUUUGAACUUUGCCUAAGUUGUUGCCAAGAAAUUCGCAAUCGAAGCAUCACAUCACGGGCUGAGAUGAAGUUCCAGUAUGUGAAUAGAGGAUAUGAUUAUAUGCAUGGUGGUGAUCCUCUUCUAGUAUCCCCGGUUCUAGAGGCCCCAAAUGGUCAUAUUCAGCUAUCUUCAUUGUGGAAUGCGGAUAGUGAUGGAAGGAUCCCUUGUGCACCGAAGGAGGUUGGGGGUUGUGGUAGUUCUAUAUUAGAGCUGAGGUGUAUCCUACCUCGUGGAUGGCUAUCUAAAUUGGAAGCUAAAGCGCAUGAGAUGCUGAGGUUUUGUGAAAUGGAACAAAAAAUAGUUCAACAGAAAGGAGCAGCAUCAAGUUAUAACUUAAUGAGAAGGGCAGCAUUCCGAGAAGGAACAAAUGAUAAUAACAUAUACUGUCCAGAGUCAGGAGACAUUUCAAAAGAAAGCUUCUUGUUAUUUCAAAAGCACUGGUCUAAUGGUGAACCAGUUAUAGUUCGUGAUGUUCUAACACAGGGAACUGGUCUGAGCUGGGAGCCAAUGGUCAUGUGGCGAGUAUUAUGUGAAAGUUCAGCUUCAGACAUCAGCUCAAAAAUGUCAGAAGUGAAGGCCAUGGAUUGCCUAGCUGGUUGUGAGGUAGAAAUUAAUACUCAUAAGUUCUUUAAAGGUUAUACUGGGGGAAGAACAUAUCGAAAUCUGUGGCCAGAGAUGCUCAAGCUAAAAGAUUGGCCCCCAUCGGAUAAAUUUGAAGAUCUUCUGCCCCGCCAUUGUGAUGAGUUUAUACGUUGCUUGCCAUUUCAGGAGUAUAGUGACCCUCGUAAUGGAAUUAUCAAUCUUGCUGUAAAAUUGCCAGCCCAUGUCCUAAAACCUGACAUGGGUCCGAAAACAUAUAUAGCUUAUGGAAUUAAAGAAGAACUUGGUAGAGGAGACUCUGUAACAAAGCUUCACUGUGAUAUGUCAGAUGCGGUGAAUAUUUUGACACAUACAGCUGAGGUAACACUGAGUGGUGAACAGUACUCUGUUAUUUCAAAGCUGAAAGAAGCACAUGCAGCACAAGAUGAGGAAGAACACUGGUCGGAAGAGAGGGAUUCUGAGUGCCCAAGUGUUCAACCUUGCAAAGAUGACAGAAAACAGAUAGAAGAUAAAGCAGCAGUAAGCCCCCAAGAUAUCAAGAAGUGCCCUAUUGAAAUGAAUGGAACAGUCUUUCCACUUGACAAGUCUAAGGAGGCCGAUUCCCCUGCCAUCUCUAACGAAGAUGAAACCGGAGAAACAGGUGGUGCUCUAUGGGAUAUCUUUCGUAGAGAGGAUGUUGAAAAGUUAGAAACAUAUCUAAGGAAACAUUCAAAAGAAUUUAGACACACUUAUUGCUGUCCGGUUGAACAGUCAUGUACAAAAGUUGCUGUAGACUUUGUGUCGCCGGAAAAUAUCCAUGAGUGUCUGCGUUUAACUAACGAGUUCCGUAAGCUUCCGAAGAACCACAAAGCUCGUGAAGAUAAACUUGAGAUAAAGAAGAUGAUAGUGUAUGCACUUGAUCAAGCGCUGAAAGACCUGAAAGCUUUGGUCAUGUGUUCUUGACUUGACUUGAAGAAAGUUGCUGCAUUUUACUGUGGUCAUGGCUGAUUUUUCAGGUUGAUGUCAAUGUGGAGAAGUAUGUAGAGGGUUGGUGGCACUCACAAUAGGGUGAUUCGAAUUGUUAUUGUUGUCACAUUUUGGGGAACAAUUUAAAUUAGUUUUGCUUUCAAACUCCGCAAAGGAACUUAAAAAGUAAUGAAUUUAUGGUUAAAUACCUUGUCCUUUCUUUUUUUUUCUUUUUAUGUUAUUUUAUUAUUUCUAU